CUCAGAGAGCGUCAGAAGCCCAGUUUGUUGCAGGAGAAACAGGACUGUAUCAACAUGGCUCAGGCGCAGCUGGACACAGAUAUGCAACUGGAACACGCCUCCCAGAGCUUCUUGAGAGAAGCCCUGAAUCCUGGAGAGAAUAUUCUCUACAGAAGACGACUGUGGGUUCUCUUCAUGAGAUCGUUGUGGGAAAGAUACGUGACCCCGCGUGAAGUGGCUGCAAGGCUAGCGCCUCUUCAGCGACACAUGGACCCUUUGGUUUCAGCUUGGGCUGACGACAGUUUCCACAUGCUCUGGCUCUAUGAUGACAUCCUCCCCACGCCCGAGGCACAAAGCCCGGCCAGCCCAGCCCAGUCUGACACCGACCACGUGGCGCCCGUGGCGGGAAACUCAAACCACUUGCAGAAAAACGACCCCAAUGUCAGAUGGAACAGCAUACGUCAAGGUUGUAAACUACAGACUGUUUUGGCGCAGGAAUUGUACCAAGCAGCAGAAGUACCACAAGGACCUUGUGGCUUACCAGAAAUUCAGAAAUUCCAGGAACAUCUAACGGAUUACCAGAUCAUUGUUGUGUCGGCCAAGGAAUUGAACGAAGUGGUGUUCAAGGGUCCACACCAUGAACAAAAAUUAAUCCUAUAUUUAAUAGAUGAACACUAUCAUGUCAUAACGAGCAUGCCAUCAUUUAUGGAACGAACGUACUUCUGUUGGUCGUGUAACAAAGGUUAUAACGAUCGAAAAUGUCACAAAUGCGAGGAAGUGUGCAGAUUAUGUCAAGUACAGUGAGCAACGUAGGCAUGU